GCGCUCGCCCCCAACUCCCCUUUCCGGCGGGGGCAGGGCGGCCUGGAUUUGAGGGCCGGCAGAGGAGGCGUGGGGGCUGGGAGUUAAGGAGACAGGGCUUUCCUUGGACCAAACCAACCCAGCAAUACCACAUUUGAAGUGGGUUUGAGGAACCGGGCCUGCGUGCUCAUUUGAAAAAAAUCAGCCAAACAGAAAGACCCAAGCACUCUGGGACUCACUCUACGGUCCAGGAGUUCCAGGUUCCGGAUUAUGUUCCAUGGCAGCAGUCCAAGCAGGAAACCAAGCCAUCUACUCUGCCUCCGGUCCAACAAACCAACAGCCUUCAUACAAGCAAAAUGAAGACUUUGACUAGGGUCCAACCAGUGUUUCACUCCAAGCCCACUAUGGUGGUGACAAGCUGCCAGCCGAAGAAUCCACGAGAACUACAUAGAAGGCAGAAGUUGGACCCUGGGAAGAUGCAGGCCAAAAUCCGGUUAAUGAAGACAAUGCUCAGGAACGGGAGGACCGCUCUGCGAGAGCUCCAAAGCCAUGAGAACUUCCUCACCAAGCUCAACGAAGAGCUGAUCAAGACCAUCCAGGACAUGGAGAACAGCACGACCCUGAACGUGCGGGCCCUGCUGCAGCAGCAGGACAUACUGGCGACCAUCAUCGACAUCUUGGAGUAUUCAAACAAGAAGAGGCUGCAGGAAUUGAAGUCUGAGCUUCAGGAGUGGGAAGAAAAGAAGAAAUGCAAGAUGAGCUAUCUAGAGCAGCAGGCAGAGCAGCUGAAUGCCAAGAUUGAGAAGACCCAGGAGGAAGUGAACUUCCUGAGCACUUACAUGGACCAUGAGUAUUCCGUCAAGUCUGUCCAGAUCGCCACCCUUAUGCGCCAGCUGCAGCAGGUUAAGGAGAGCCAGCAGGAUGAGCUGGAUGACCUCAGUGAGAUGCGCAGAAAGGUCCUGGAGUCCUUGUCCAACAAGAUUCAGAAGAAGAAGAAAAAAAUUCUGAGUUCUGUGGUGGCGGAAACCCAGCGUCCCUAUGAAGAGGCUCUCCUACAGAAGAUGUGGGAAAGCCAAGACUUCCUGAAAUGCAUGCAAAGGUUCAGAGAAUUUAUUGACCAGUUUGAGGAGAACAUGCCUGUAUUAAGGGCCGAGGUGGAAGAGCUCCAAGCCCAGACCCGGGAACCCCGAGAGGUCAUAUUUGAGGAUGUUCUGCUUCGGAGACCCAAGUGCACCCCAGACAUGGAUGUCAUCCUCAACAUUCCUGUGGAAGAGCCACUACCCUUCUAGAUGGCAGUGCCAUGGGCCGCCCUCCCCUCCUGCUCUCUUCCCAGCACCUGGAGCCUUGGAUCAUUUACUUCCAGGACCAGAUCUCCAUUCAGACCCUGAUCUACAGUCUCCCUGCUCCCUCUGCCCUUCCUCCCUCUUUCUUUCCCUCCCUCCCUCCCUCCCUUCUUCCCUCUUCCCUUCCCUCCUCCUUCCUUCCUCCUCUCCCUCCCUCCUUUCUUUCCUUCCUGCAGUUUUUUCCUCUCUUCUUCCCUUCUUUCUGGUUGGUGCUGCUGGGCCAGGUGGGAAUUUCCAAUUAAAUCUGCUAUUCCUUUUUUACCAAUAAAGGUGGAUUUACAUUU